UGAGGAGGAUGAGGAGGAUGAGAGGAUGAGGAGGAUGAGGAGGAUGACAUCAUGCUUCUCCACAAGGUGCAUGUCAGAGGUGUUGAAACGCUGUGUAGGACCACAGCAGGUGGGGUUGCGAAGUGGAUGAAGCAGCAGCAGGACUACUGAAUGUUGCAACUGGAGCAGCAGAGAAAAUCCAAGCCGGAAGAGGUUUGGAGGUGAGGAUCUGCUCCGCGCAUAUUUGGCGCGGUGGAGGAGAGCCUGCGGGAGAACUCGCAUCUCCUCUCUCGUCCUUCCGAAGAGGCAACCUGGGAGUGUUGCGAUGUGAAGAGGCUUAAAGUAUGGCAUGCAAAGAUGCGUCCUGCCAACAAGAAGGAGAUGGUGGCAGCGAUGCGUCCCGCUUGCGUUCUGGCUUUGGUCUACUUUUUCUCUUUGGCGACUUGUGUAAAAAACACAAGGAAGGAUGAAAGGAUCUAUCCGGAGAAUUUUACGCGGAUUUUAGACAGACUUCUUGACGGUUACGACAACAGGCUAAGACCGGGAUUUGGAGGACCCGUGACUGAGGUCAAGACAGACAUUUAUGUGACAAGUUUUGGGCCUGUCUCCGACGUUGAAAUGGAAUAUACGAUGGAUGUGUUCUUUCGGCAAACGUGGGUGGACCGAAGGUUGACGUACGAGGGUCCCAUUGAGAUUUUAAGGCUCAACAACUUGAUGGUGACCAAAGUUUGGACACCAGACACUUUCUUCAGGAACGGCAAGAAGUCGGUGGCCCACAACAUGACGGCGCCCAACAAACUGUUCCGCAUCAUGAAGAACGGCACCAUUCUCUACACCAUGAGAUUGACGAUUAGUGCAGAAUGUCCCAUGAAGCUGGUGAACUUCCCCAUGGACGGACAUGCGUGCCCCCUCAAGUUCGGAAGCUAUGCCUAUCCCAUAACUGAGAUGAUCUAUACUUGGACUAAAGGGUCAGAGCACUCCGUAGAGGUACCUCCUGAAUCCUCCAGCCUGGUUCAGUAUGAUCUCAUCGGCCAGACGGUUUCCAGUGAAACCAUAAAAUCCAUCACAGGUGAAUAUGUGGUCAUGACCGUCUAUUUCCACUUGAAGCGGAAAAUGGGAUACUUCAUGAUCCAGACGUACAUCCCCUGCAUAAUGACAGUCAUCCUGUCCCAAGUGUCCUUCUGGAUAAAUAAAGAGUCUGUCCCGGCACGCACAGUUUUCGGCAUCACCACGGUGCUGACCAUGACAACGCUCAGCAUCAGCGCUCGCCACUCCCUGCCCAAGGUGUCGUACGCCACGGCAAUGGAUUGGUUCAUCGCAGUAUGCUUUGCCUUUGUCUUCUCCGCCCUCAUCGAGUUUGCUGCCGUCAACUAUUUCACCAACGCGCAGAUGGAGCGAGCCAAAAAGAAGCCGGCCAAAUGUCCCCCGGUGCCCCAAACCACGCCAGUCAAGGCCAAGGACACAGAAGAAGUGCUGCAGCAAAACCCCGACAGCAACGGUAACCUGAGAAAGCGUGUGAACUAUAUUUCCCACCACGAAUCCACCAAUCACCAGCGAGCCCAGCCCAAAACCAACAUUUCAGGAGUGGGAGGAGCCAGGCCGUUGCGACCUUUAACCGGCGGAGCCAACGGUAGCUCGUCCACCAUCUCCCGCUCCAGCCCCAAAACCGAGAGCGUGCUCAGCGGGGCCUCGUCCUCCGAGGAGAAAGAACUGGUGAAAAGCACGCCGCAGGCAGCGGCCUGCGCGCCCGACGUGACGGCGGGGACGCCGUGCGAGCAAAACACCUCCUCCGCUUCCUUGCAGCAUCUGCUUGGGCCCAAGCUGGAACACCUCCAGACGAUGGCGAACAAAGCGGAGCUAAAGCAGACGCCGUGCUCACAGCCCACCACUGCUGGCAUGGGCGGGACCAGCAAAAUUGACAAGUAUGCACGGAUCCUCUUCCCCGUGUCCUUUGGGGCGUUUAACAUGGUCUACUGGGUGGUCUACCUGUCCAAGGACACCAUGGUCGCUAAAGGGGGGUAACAUCAAGCAGAUGCAAAGAAUACAAACAGAACCUUCGACACGCAUGAGGACAACAAUUAGGAAGUACUUGACGGAUGUGUGCUCGUACACAUUGAUUGAUUGAUUGAGACUUUUAUUAGUAGGUUGCACAGUGAAGUACAUAUUCCGUACAAUUGACCACUAAAUGGUAACACCCGAAUAAGUUUUUCAACUUGUUUAAGUCGGGGUCGGGGGGACAUCUUCAUUGGCUCCAGUGCAGUCGAGCAUGACAUUUCCUAUUUUUAUAUCACGCAUCUGUAUAUGUGCAAACUGUAUACAUGUUGUGUAAAUACAUAUUUUUCAACGUACAGCGGUACCUCAAUUUUUGUUCUAAGUUCCAAAAGGGCUGACAAAGACUGAAUAGGAUGAAAACUAAACCAUUUUCCCCCUAAGCAGUCAUGUUAACCCAUUUAAGGCGACAAAACAUUGAUAGUUUUACAUGCAGGAAACUAUAUGAAGCACAUGUAAAUGAAGAAUGAAAUGUAUAAGUCACAUAUUUAUCACAGAGAUAACGUUGAACGGAGGGAGGGGAGGGAGGAGAGGUGCAUGAACGACACCUUUUCGACUUCGAGUCAUUUUUUGAAUGUAAGCAGUGUAGGCAUUUUUUGGCCUCAUGCCGGAUUAUUUUGCAGUCGUACUCAAUAAAAAAAAGUACAGAGAAUGUCUGAACUUCGUGUUACGCAGUGCAUUUCAACGUAUCAACAAGUCGUGUCGAGUUGAUGAACGGGUUCCCACACUUCCUUGUGGUCUACAUUAUACAGUCACGAUCAAAAGUUUACAUACACUUGU